GGACUAGUGACUUUUCUCCUCCCCUCAACAGGCGGAGUUAGAGGGUGGGGAGUUAGAAGUCAUAUUGAAGGGGAAAGUGUGUCAUGUAACCAGAGAGAGAAAGGGAGACCAAACAUGGACUUAGGGACAGAGGGAGAGGACAGAGGACAGAGCGAGGGGGAAAAGUUUUAUUCAGGGGGCUCGGGCUCAACUUUCCUAUUAGGACAAAAAUUAGUGAAAGUUGAUCUUAAAUUCUUAUUUUGUUAUUUAAUGAGGAGCACAAACCUUUAUUUCAAGCCUCUGUGAGAAGACAUACAACUGAAGGAGAAGAUGAUCUGCAGGAUCCUCCUCAGCCUCGGCUCCUGUGUCUUUGGAUCAUUUGUAGUGAAUGUGACUCAGACCUCCUAUCAGGCAGAGGAGAACCACAACAUCACACUGGAGUGGACGUUCACAGUAGAAACAGGCAGAUCGCCCACAUAUUUAAACAUCUACUGUGACCUGGUAACUGAUGAUAAAUCCUCACUCCUGUAUCGUGUCCAUAAUGGUGCUGAAGUCUCAGAGUCUCAGGAUGAAAAGUUUUCAGGACGAGUUCAGAGUGACAAAGACGCCCUCAGAGAAGGACGGAUCAGACUCCAGCUGUGCAGACUCGGGACUGAGGACUCGGGUCAAUACAGAUGUGAAGUAAACACAGAUUAUGGCUCCAGAUCUGCGAGCUGUAGACUCAAUGUCACUGCAGCUACUGAUCAGAGAUCAACUUCACCACCACAAGAAGAGAGAAAGGACUGGAAGAUUAUUAUAAUUGUCCUGACAGCAGGAGCAUUAUUAUUAGCUCUCUUAUGUUGUGCCUUUUACCUUGGGUCAUGCUGAGAAAGAAACAAAAGAGACCAAACUUCUAUGCAUUUGUAAAACUCCAGAAACUCUCAGGGACAGAGUCUGAAAACCAGCAUACUUCCUGCCUUUGACAUCUGCUUUAAGUUCAUGAAGUUUCUUGUUGAUAUGAACUGUGUAAAUGGCUCUUAUAGAGCCCCUUUCUACUCUGCUUGAGCACUCAAAGUACCUUAUACAGCAGGCCUCAUUCCCCCAUUCACAUUCAUGAAAACACUUUGUUCUGUCUCUAAGUGUUUUCUAGUUAACAUUCACACACUGAUGAACGCAUAAGGAGCAACUCAGGGUUCAGUAUGUUGCCCAAAGAUGAAGCCUGGGGCAGCCAGGAAUCGAAUCAUCAACCUUCCAAUUAGUAAACGAGCUGCUCUGUCUCCAAUAGUUGUCUUAAACGAUGUUCCUAAUAAUCUGGAAUUGAGAUUACUGCAGUAAUCCUUCAUGUCAGUGUCAAUGAUGCUUCUGGUGUGGUCACUGCUUCUGUGGACUUCUCUCCUCCUGCUGCUUUAUUCAAAGUUAUAUCCACCAGCUUCAUCUGACUGAUGACUGCACCGCCCUGAACACCAAAGAUUCAAUGUUGAGUGUUGAGUGGGAACUUCGUGUGGAACUAUUAACAAGUUGUUGAGUCAGUGAUGUCUGUUUAUCCCAUCCAUGCUUUCCUUUUUUCCCACUUAUCCAAUUCAGGAAUGCAGGAGACUGGAACACUCACACUCACAGCUUUGGGCAAUUUAGAAUCACCAGUUAACCUCACUGCAUGUGUUUGGACUGUGGGAUGUAGUUGGAGUACUGACGGAGAACCCACGCAGACAUGGAGAA